GAGAGAGAGGGGGAGCAUAGCACAGGACAAAGUUUCAACAAAGUAAAAGAAGCUGUGGAUAGACAGACCAAACACCGUGGAUGUCAGUAAAGAAGCUAAAAAGACAAAACAUUAUCGUUAACUGAAGUCUUUAGAAAGUCAGCAAGACGUUUUUGUGCUGCUCCUCAAAAACAUCCAGCACUCCAUGAGGCAGCGACGCUGAUGUCCUCUGCAUGCUAGGAAGGAGUCUGAAGUGAGGAGAGUCAUAGUCCUGCAUGCUGUAUGGUUUCUAUCCACUGCGUGAUUGCAUGACCAACACUGCAUGACUCUGGACCGUGUCUGAGGUCUGAGCCACAGAGCGCUCUACAAGGGUUUAUACAAAAAAUGUCAUUCGCAAUGGUGCGUCCAGCCCCAAGCCGCUACCUCUACUCCGACAUCUCCAUGAUGUCUGAGGACGAGGAGAACGGCAGCGAGAGCUCGGGUUCGGAUGACCGCUCCUUCCAACUGGAUGCCUCUGGCUACGAGCUCAAGGUGGGUGGCAGAAAAAGGAAACCGGGCAGCGGAGGUGGAGGAGGGCACAUUGGUGGGCUGCUACCAGGCACCGCAGGCAGUCCACCGGGUGAAGGGCGGAAACGGAACGUGGCCAACGCACGGGAACGAGACCGCACCAACAGCGUGAAUACGGCCUUUACAGCACUCAGGACUCUUAUCCCCACUGAGCCGGCAGACAGGAAGCUGUCCAAGAUUGAGACUUUGCGCCUUGCUUCCAGCUACAUCUCGCACCUCGGCAACGUCCUACUGGUAGGCGAGGCCUGUGGUGACGGGCAGCCCUGCCACAGCGGUGGACCUUCUACAGCCUACUAUCAUCAUCAUGGAUCACCUACAUGUGAUUCUGAGAACUCGCAGCCCAAACAGAUCUGCACUUUCUGCCUCAGCAACCAGAGGAAAAUGGGCAAGGACAGAGAAAGAAAAACAGCGCUGAGGAAUUAAUAGAGACAAGAAGGACUCAGAGAUUUGAGGAACAUCACAAACUUCUGCCUGGAGACUUUAUGGUGUAUAUAUGCAAAUAAAAUCAUAUUUAAUUGAUCCUAUAUAAAUGACACUCGGACAGUAACCACGGUGAUGACUAAACCCUCCCAGAUUUCAGAAGGUUUUCAUAUCCGUAUAUAACUCACUUCUCCGCCUCACUGGACAUCUCCAGUCUCCAGCUUCAGCACAGAGAGACACUAAGAUCUUCAUCAAAACAAAACCCUUCAGAGAUGAGCGUCCGAACACGAGGAGAGAGAAGCGGCGCUGAGGGUUAAGCGGAAGUGUACCAUCAGAGAGUGUGUGUAGAAAAGAACUGGGUAGACGGAGAACAAUGAAACGUCUCCUUUAACAGAUCUGAUGUGAUCUCACACACAUCUCGCACGUUCAGUCGUGCAUUUAGAUUGAGAAUCAAACGGCUCUAAUUUAAUAAAUUGAACAAAAUGUAAUGUAUGUUAAAUAUGGCAAAAUUCAUAUACUCACUGAUCAUUAAAUUAAAAACAUAACACAGA